AUGGCGGCGGGCGGCGGGGCGCCCCGCGGCUCCUGCUUCGUGCUGGGCGCCACGGGCGAGACGGGCCGGGCGCUGCUGCGGGAGCUGCUGGCCCGGCGCCUCUUCGCCCGCGUCACGGCCAUCGGGCGCCGCAAAGUGGACCUCGGCGCGGAGAGCGCGGCCGCCCUGGAGGAGGUGGUGGUGGACUUUGAGCGGCUGGACGAACACGCCGCCGCCUUCCAGGGCUACGAUGUCGGCUUCUGCUGCCUGGGCACCACGCGGGCCAAGGCUGGCGCGGCCGGCUUCAUCCGCGUGGACCGGGACUACGUGGCGCAGGCGGCAGAGCUGGCACGGGCCGGGGGCUGCAAACACUUCGUGCUGCAGUCCUCCCAGGGCGCCAACGAGCACAGCAGCUUCCUCUACCUCCGGGUGAAGGGAGAAGUGGAGAACCUGGUCCAGGCUGUUGGUUUUGAUCGCUGUACCAUUCUCCGGCCGGCGGUGCUGCUGUGCGCACGCCAGGAAUCCCGGCCGGCAGAGUGGGUUGCCCAGCAGUUCUUCGGCCUCGUGGCACGCGUGUUCCCCACCGCUUACUCGGUUCCCGUGAAGACCGUGGCGAGGGCCAUGGUGGCCUGCGUGCUGAAGCCGGGCAAGGGCAAGGUGGAGGUGCUGGAGAACAAGGCCAUCCAUCAGCUGGGAAAGGAAGAGCCACAACAGGGCGCAGAGUGAAAGGGAAGGGCAGGAGAGCAUGACUCACCUUCCAGGCGCUCUUCUGGGCCACGGAUGGAUGCAGGCACGGGUCUUACAUGGCUAUUGCGAUGGUAGAGAGGUGUUUCUUUGCAUGGCAGGUAAUUCUCUUGAGUGAUCUAGAAAUGCAGGUGCUGGCUGGU